GUGGGGGUCCAGAGAAGGGGUUGUUGACAUUUAAUCUAGCAUAACUCACCCCUUACAAAGUUAGGAGUCUUUCUUUCAACCCAAGCGGCCGAACUACAUUAACUAAGACUUCUGCUUUUACACUCUUUUAGCCUUGUCUCUUGUGAAGAUCCUACCCUUUUGUCGUCCUCAAAUCCUCUACCGAGUAGAUACCUAUCCAUUAUCGAUAGUGGUUACCUGGUCCCUGCCGACUUGACUCGCAUCCUCGCUCCGAUCGCUGAUUGACAACAAAUCUUCCUCCCCUCCUCUCUGAAUGUUAUCUGUUUUCACCACCCUGCAUCAUGUUGUCGGUUGAGAAGUCGUGGGUUAAUGUACAGCAAAAGACCUUCACAAAAUGGCUCAACGAUAAGCUAAAAGUUCGAGAUAUCUUUGUGAACGACUUGGUGCUUGAGCUUUCCAACGGUGUUAUUCUUAUCCAUCUCCUCGAGAUCUUAGGCGGAGAAUCGUUGGGCAAAUAUGCUGCAAACCCGAAGCUGCGGGUGCAAAAGUUUGAAAAUGUCAAUAAGAGUCUUGACUUUAUUAGGGGGCGGAGAAUUCAGAUGACCAAUAUCGGUGCGGAGGACAUUGUCGACGGCAAUCGGAAAAUCAUUCUCGGUCUGAUCUGGACGCUUAUCUUGCGCUUUACCAUUAGCGAUAUCAAUGCGGAGGGUAUGACGGCGAAGGCAGGGUUGCUGCUAUGGUGUCAGAGGAAAACCGCUUGUUACGAAGGGGUUCAGGUUCGGGACUUUUCGACAAGCUGGAAUGACGGUCUUGCCUUCUGUGCCCUGCUGGAUAUCCACCGCCCCGAUCUGAUCGACUUCGAUGCCUUGGACAAGAAAGAUCAUCGAGGGAACAUGAAGCUUGCGUUCGAGAUCGCCGCCAACGAAAUCGGUAUCCCCGACCUCCUCGAUGUUGAUGAUGUUUGUGACGUCGCGAAACCAGAUGAGCGGUCGCUUAUGACAUACAUUGCCUACUGGUUCCAUGCCUUUUCGCAGCUAGAAAGAGUGGAAAAUGCUGGUCGACGAGUGGAAAAAUUCAUCAACAAUAUGCAUGGCGCAUGGGAAAUGCAGAAUUCUUACGAGCAGAGAAUGAAGGAGCUUUUGCGUCUAAUCAGGGCACAACGUGAUGCAUGGAAGACCUCGUCUUUCGAGGGAACAUACAAGGACGUCAAGGAGCAGGCCUCCCAAUUCGCCUUGUACAAGAGGAAUCAGAAACGCCAAUGGGUAGCGGAGAAGUCGGACCUUGCUGCCCUUUUAGGCAACAUCAAAACGAAACUUAGCACCUAUCGCCUUCGCGCCUACGAUCCACCACCAGAGUUGUCCCCUGAGGCUUGCGAUCAAGAGUGGGAGUGUCUCACUCGUGAUGAGCACGAACGCAGCCAGCUGAUCAACGAAACCAUCCGAGAUAUUAAGAACGCUCUCCGUCGUUCUUUUGCAGACAAGGCAAAUGACUUUGCAUUGACCCUGAAAACGCUCUCUCUAGCGAUCUCUGGUCUUGAUGGUGACGUCGAGGACCAGAUGGCCCAUGUGAAGAGGCUCAACGACAACCUCCCUCCGCUUGAUGCAUUCUUAGAAACGAUAGCGGUGCUGGAUGAGCAAUGUGCGGAAGCAAAUGUUGAAGAAAAUGAUUAUACGACAUAUACUCUGGAUGAAUUGUCCUACGAACUGACCUUGGUUAAAUCAAGUAUAUCCAAGAAACUGGCUUUCCUAGAGAAUCAGCUUGUGGCCCGGAACAUGACGAAUCUUACUCCAAUUCAGCUCGAAGAAUUUGAGUCAGUCUUUCGACACUUUGACCGCGACUCCUCCAACACCCUCCACGAGCUGGAGUUCUCGGCCGCACUGGCGAGUCUUGGUCUUGUGUAUGACGAGGAGGAGAUGCACCAGGUUUAUGUGGAAACGUGUGGGCCUGCUAGAUUGGUGCAGAACGCUGGCGUCAGCUUCGAGCAGUUUAUUCAUUUUAUGGUCAGCGUAACGGAAGACCAGAAUACCGCGGAGCAGGUCUUCCAAAGCUUCCGCGAGGUUGCGGAUGGCAAGCCAUACGUCACAGAAAUUGACCUGCGGCAUUCCCUUAUUCCUGAUGAAAUUAUCGAGCAUUUGGUACAGACGAUGCCCCAACACCAAGGGCCGGAUCUAUUGGAGGAUAGAGAUCUUCCGAAGUAUGACUAUAUCAGCUUCAUGGAGAAAAUGAUGGACAAGCACCCCGACGACAGCCAACACAGAGCGUCUGUAAAUGGCAGGAAUUAAUAAUAAGUUAAAUUUUUUUUUUUUUUCCAAUUGUGGUUGUUUUCAAUUUCCUCUCCGUUUCCCGUUCUUGUUUGAUGUUGCUAUCGGUGUUGGCUGGACCUAAACGGGGGGGUUUUGUCUCUGGGUUAGCGAUUAAUUUCAC